CGGUGCGAGGCGGCGGGGCCGGCCCUGUCCCCGCGGGGCGGUGGGUGCGGAGCGGCGGGCAUGGCCGGCAGAGCCCCGCAGCCCCCGGCCGUGCCGCAGCCCCCCGGCGGCGGCCACCACCACCAUCACCCCUACCCCUAUCCCUAUCCCUACCCCUACCCGCACCCGGUGGCGGCGGAGGGCGAGGGGCCGGAGGAGGAGGCCGAGGCCUUCGAGCUGCGGCCGCGGGGCCGGGAGAAGGUGCGGCGGAGCGCCUCGAGGGACCGGCCCGACGACAUCGUGCUGCUGGCCAGGGACAUCCAGGAGGGGGACACGCUGAACGCCAUCGCGCUGCAGUUCUGCUGCUCGGUUGCAGAUAUCAAGAGAGUUAACAAUCUUAUCAACGAUCAAGAUUUUUUUGCCCUGAGGUCUAUCAAAAUCCCAGUGAAAAAGUUCAGUGUACUGACCGAGACACAUGCCUCUCCAAAAGGAAGGCCAGUCCUUCGGCCGGCUCACUGUUCCCCAGAAGUGCAGGAAGCCUCACCUUCUGACAAAUUCUCUGCUAACGAGACUGCUGGCAACUUCCUAAAAGAGGUGGAUCGAGAUAUAGAAGAGAUCGUGAAGUGCAACGAUACGAAGAGAGAGAACCUUAAUGAAGUUGUUUCUGCCUUAGCAGCCCAGCAGGUCUGUUUUGAAACUGAUGGUAAAACUAAAAAAUCCAAGGAUCCUUAUUACGGAGCAGAUUGGGGCAUAGGGUGGUGGACAGCUGUAGUAAUUAUGUUGAUCAUUGGCAUAAUAACUCCAGUUUUUUACCUCCUAUAUUACGAAGUUUUAGUGAAAGCAGAUGUCAGUCACCAUUCUACAAUGGAAUCUGCCCAUUCCUUUGUCACAGCAGCUUCGCAUCAGAAACAAAUAGAAAAUGGAAUGAAUCCAGCGAAUAUUAUAAAUGUUGAUAAUCAAGGAGACCUUCAGCCUUACAACCGAAAACCCCAGGCAACUGUCAUUCAUAGACACAUAACAUAGCGUUAGAUGAAGAGGAAACCACAGAAUGCAAAAUGCAUCUGUAAUACGGAUGAAAUACAGAAGAAAUGCUUAAUGAUUUACCUUUAUGGGCAGUGUUCCAGCACAAGGAUAUUUCUGUGGAUCAUGUAAGCCCAUAAUGUGCUUCAGGCAGGAGAUUUCGAUGCAAGAUUGGGAUAUAAAUUAAGAUAGGAAAUUGUCUCUGAAGCUUUGCACUUUUUUUCUAUUUUGAUAGGCGUGUUUUUUCUAAUUAAUGAUGAGGUGAAAAAGGUAGUUUGAGCUAACACAUAAAGAAUCUCACUGUACAUUUUGCAGCCCGAAGAUGGGCAUUUGGGGAUAUCUAUCUUUUAAAUAUCUUGAAGUAUUUAUAGAGUGCAUAGUACAUUUGACAUUUUAAUAUCAAGUUUACAGUUACCAGAUAGGACUACAUUCUUAUAAUUUUAUUUUUCUUACAGAAUUUUUAAAACUCAGUCAUUCCAUAAUUAACUGCCACUAUAAAGCCCUCUUUUUCUUAGAUGUCUAUGAAAGAGGCCGUAGCUAAUACUUAAGCUGGAGGCUUCAAAUUUUGUGCCUGUGGUCGACCCAUUCUGUAGUACUCUUCAGUAUAGGUAGGAGGAUAACUUGGUUCCUGUGUAUGUCAUGCUGUCCUUCAACACAGUCCAGUGGAGAAAGUCUUUUGUUUGAAACUUCACAUCCUUCUACUGAAAGCUGACUUGGCUGGACUACUGUUCUCUUCUGCUCAGCUGCAUGUGCGAAGAAACAAGUGAAGAUGCGUGGCACCUUGCUCUGACUGCUUCAUUAGUCUUUAUUUUAUGGUUAUGGCUUUGUCUUCCUCCAGCACAUCGCAGAUCAAGAGCAGCUGCUUCUUCAGGCAGCGGCUGCUGAACUGUUUGGGGUUUUGAAUAUGUUAAUGGUCCUUAAAACCUUAAGGACAAGAACCUUGGACACCAACUUUUUCCUGAAAUCGCUUGCAAAACCUCACGUGAGGUUCAGAGGCUGCUAGGAAGAAGCAGACCAGCCAUAGCUUCAAACUUCUUUCACUGAUACUCUUCAGCCACUCUGUUCUUGACUGUUUCACUUGAUUUCAUGGACAAACUUGUUUUUCCCCUUCUUUUCUUCCCUACCUGAAAAUACUACAGGAGAAAAAUUAAAAAAAAAAAAAAGACUUUUCCUACAGAAAGAAGUAAAGAGGUACUUGUGUACUCUGAAUAUUAUAAAAUAAAAACUGAGAUGUUGCCUAUAAUCUUUUGUUAUAUUUGCCUUGCGGAAUAAGGUUUCUAUUGUGCUGUUUGAAGUAAUAUUUGUUACCAAAGCUGAAGUUAUCUGACUUUCACAAGGCUUAGAAAUGAAAAAUACAAUUAUCUUUUCAAUUUAAACACUAUUAGAAACUCUCCUUUGAGUGUCUUGACCAAGUAUAUGCAGUGUGGAAAAAAAAAUAUGAUAAAGCAUCUAUUUUUUUUGACUACAGGAAGUAUUCCAAAGUGCUUUAUCAACUUGAAUUUUCAAAGUAAAGGCUUUUGCCAGUAUGGGGCAGAUAUUAUUCACUUGCUUGCUAAGGGUAUCUGCAUGAAUUGGUUUACUUUCAGUGCAGAUUGACAUAUCCAAAAGCCUGAAGGGAAGCAUACAGUUGGACCUGUGAGCUCUUGACUAAGUGGCUGUGGAAACCUUCGAUCAGAGUAGUAUCUCUGGAGACAGUAUGGCUGCUCAGUUUCCACAGGAGAAGAGGCGCUCUAAAUGAGUGUGAACUUCGUGCUUCGCAUGCCGCUUGUUUUCAGAGCUCUUUUUGAAUUUUAUUUCUGUGAAAACGAUAUGGUAAUAAUGCAAACAUGAACAUUCAAGCACCAGUUCUGGGUAAGGCUAUGCGAAAGGAUGAGUUGCAAAGUGAUAUAAGGUGGCUAGCGUGAUGUUGCUUCUAUGGCUAGAAGCUUAAAAGCAAGCCAACUUUAGGAAGAGGUGAUCUGCUCUUGUCCAUACAACAGAACUUUGGCCCAUUAAGACAGUGUCCUGCCAAGCCUGGGACCUGGUGCAUAAUGAGUCAGUUUUUUUGCUGUUAGGUUAUUUGUUGGUUCGUCUCUUCCUCCAUCAAUCUCUCUCUGUUUAUGGAACUUUAUCCUUUCAUUUCUUAGGAAAUUGUUGAAUAACAACAGAUUAACAAGUGUGAUAUGCAACACAAGCCUAAGUAACUACCCAUACCUUAACAGGCCAGUACUAAAUUGCCAUCACAUCUGAAGUGAACUUAACUUCAGUUGUGGUUUGAGUUGGUCAGAAAGGUCUUUGCUGUUUAUAUUUAAGAGAAGAAAUGCUUUUGUUGGUGGUGUUAGCGCUGAAUGCUUCUCUAGUGUCUCAGGCUUCUUUGGGCUUUUAUGGUGUUUUAAGGCCUGUGGCUUUGUCACUCAGUUGCUAAAAGUGUGAUAGUAAGCAUUAAUUAGGAAAAAAAAAAAAAAAGAAAGUUUUGCUGAAAAAUACUAU